UCUUACGGUGCGAAGAAGGCGAAGGCUAAAAAGCUGAAGAUAAUAAGAUUAGCCAGUGUGAUAGGCGAGGUUUUAGAAAGGUGAUCAUGGCGAGUGCUAAGGCGAUGGCGCAAGAUGAGCAUCAGUUUGUUCUGAAGAGUGGCCAUGCCAUCCCUGCAGUUGGGUUAGGCACUUGGAGGGCCGGAUCAGAUACUGCUCACUCCGUUCAGACGGCCAUCAUUGAGGCUGGAUACAGGCACGUAGAUACAGCUGCUCAAUAUGGAGUAGAACAGGAGGUCGGCAAAGGGCUUAAAGCUGCAAUUGAAGCUGGAAUCAACAGGAAGGAUUUGUUUGUGACGUCAAAAAUAUGGUGCACAAACUUGGCUCCUGAGAAGGUUCGGCCAGCAUUGAAGAACACGCUCAAGGAUCUCCAGUUGGAUUAUAUCGAUCUUUACCUUAUUCAUUGGCCGUUCCAACUAAAAGACGGAGCACACCAGCCUCCUGAGGCUGGGGAGGUUUUGGAAUUUGACAUGGAAGGAGUAUGGAGGGGAAUGGAGAGACUUGUGACAGAUGGGCUCGUCAAGGACAUUGGUAUCUGCAAUUUCUCAGUUACCAAGCUCAACCGGCUGCUGCGAUCAGCUAAUAUUCCACCGGCAGUAUGUCAGAUGGAAAUGCACCCUGGUUGGAAGAAUGAUAAGAUUUUCGAGGCCUGCAAAAAUCAGGGAAUCCAUGUUACUGCUUACUCCCCACUAGGUUCUUCUGAAAAGAACCUUGCGCAUGAUCCAGUUGUCGAGAAGAUAGCCAACAAGCUGAACAAGACUUCAGGUCAAGUGCUCAUCAAGUGGGCCCUUCAAAGGGGAACAAGCGUUAUCCCAAAGUCAACUAAAGAUGAGAGGAUUAAGGAGAAUAUUCAGGUGUUUGGAUGGGAGAUCCCUGAAGAGGACUUCCAGGUCUUGUGCAGCAUCAAAGAUGAGAAGCGAGUCCUGACCGGAGAGGAGCUCUUCGUGAACAAGACACACGGACCAUACAAGAGUGCAUCGGAGCUCUGGGAUAACGAGGACUAAGGCUGCCAUGUUUCACCAAAAGAGAUGCCGAAUAAUUAAUGGGCCGUGUUGUGAUGCACGAAUCCGUUGUGUGCUCUUCUCCAAGCUCUGUGAAACCAGCUAGCUAAUCAGCACAAGAUGUUGUACACCCAUCUGUAAAUUCAGUGUCGUAUGAUAAAUAAGUGCCCUAUCUGUACAAAACCAAAUAAGUGCAAGUGCUAUCACGGCUUUGCCGUUGCACUUCCAACAUGCGUGCUGCUGUUGCAAGGCGAAUCACUCUUUUGUUUAUAGAGAUCGAAAAUGUGCUGCCUGCCUGUCAAGCUAACCAGCAGCUCCAUGGACGGCUGAACAAACAUGUCUUCAAAAGCCAUUAUCUUAAGC